AUGACAACAGCACCAUUUCCCCGGGCCGUCAAGGCGUCAUUCUGGCGCGGUGGCACUUCCAAGGGCGUCUUCUUCAACAUAUCCGAUCUGCCAAAAUGGUUCCAGUCGGCUCUGUCAACAGGGAAAUCCCCUGACGAGGUCACGUUCAAACAGAUGGAGGACUUUUUCGCAGCGAUCCUUGGGUCUCCUGACCCGUAUGGUAGACAGCUGAAUGGCUUGGGUGGUGGCAUUUCUUCGCUAAGCAAGGCCAUGGUUGUUGGACCAUCGUCGCACCCAGAUGUUGACGUUGACUAUACCUUCUUUCAGAUAGGCGUCAAGGAUGGCAGGCUGGACAUGGCUGGCAACUGCGGCAAUCUGACCUCUGUGGUUGGGCCUUUCGGGUUGAACUGCGGACUCUGUCGGCGGAAUCCUGCAAAGAACGAUCAGGGAGAUCCAGACAGUGAAAACUCGACGGUGAUUAUGCGAAUGAGAAACAUGAAUACAGCAAAAUUCAUCGAAUCUACGUUUCAAGCGUGCAAGUACGACGGCAGAUGGGCAUAUGAAGAUGUCGGCAGGUGCAGCAUCGACGGUGUGCCUGGAACAGGUUCCACGAUCACACUCUCAUUUCUUCACCCAGAAGGCGCAAAGACUGGCAAAGCUUUACCAACUGGUAGCCCAAUUGACAAGAUUGAUAUUGGAAACCAGGUAAUUCGCGCAUCCUUGAUCGAUGUCAGCAAUCCGGGAGUGUUCGUUGAUGGCAGAGACAUUGGAUGGAAUGUAGAUGCGACGCCAGACCAGUUGAAUGCAAGUCAGGAGCUCCUCGACAAACUAGAAGCCAUCCGGAAACGGGGCACUGAGAUGAUGGGUCUGAACCCUAACAUCAGCAGCAUACCCAAGAUUGUUUUGCUGUUCCCUGCUCGGAGCGAAGGUCUAGAUAUAUCAUGUCAGGCUCUUUCAAUGGAACAGGCCCACAAGGCAAUCCCGGCCACACUCGCCCUCAAUCUCGGAGUUGCAUGCAAGAUGAAGGGCACCCUUCCGCAUGCGCUGUCAAACCAUCUCCAUCAUUCGAAUACCGUCAUUGGCCAUCCGUCGGGCACUCUGGAGGUUGGUGCGGCCGUUGAGGAUGGUAAGAUUAUUGGUGCGAAACUGAUCAGGACUGCACGGUGCCAUAUGGAUGGCUAUGUCAACAUUCUACGGUCUGACUAUGGCGGUCUGAAUUGCUGA